CACUUUUCCAGUGCCCCAUAGAAGACACCCACAGAGGACACGCACGUCGCUCCCUGGCUCGAUCGCCUCGGUCCCCUGGCUGCCGACCUCUCUUCUCCCCUCCUUCCAGGAGCGGGUGACCCCAGUCUCCACCCCCGCGCCGGCCGACCCCUCAGUACCUCCCGGGGCUUCCCAGUCUUCGCUGCCGGUCACAGCCCCUCCAUUUGAGGCCCCUGUCCCGUCUCCCACUUCCUCUGCCUUCGGUAUCUUCCUCCCGGUUCAUUUUUCCUCACCCUCACCCUGUUGCUCUUCACUUCCCUCUCCGAAUCCCUGCGUGUCCCCUCCUUGUCCCCCCGCAGAUCCUUUUUCUGCCUCAUUUUUCUCAUUCUGAAGUUCUCUCCGCCCCUGGUCCUUGGACACCUUCGCUCUGCCCUGCUCCGCCUGGGCAUCCUGCCCGCUGGGUUCCUAGCCUCAGUUUCCUUCCGGCCCCGACUCCUUCCUCUAACGGAGGCCCUUCCCCGAGGGCGGAUGUGUGCCGGGAAGGCGAAGGCCGCAGCGGGCCGACAGGAUCCCGGCUCAGCCCCGCGGGUCCCACCACAGCCAUGCGACGCCCUGGGCGAGGCCUCGGCUGGAUCCGGGGGACCCAGGAGCUCUGGAGCCCUAGGACCAUGGAUGCUGUCAAUAGGAGCCAUGUAGGCCCUGGAUGCAAGACCCAGGCCAUGGUGCAGAAAGGACCCUUGGACUUGAUUGAGACAGGCAAGGGGCUGAAAGUGCAAACAGACAAACCCCACCUGGUGAGCCUGGGCAGUGGGCGGCUCAGCACUGCCAUCACCCUCCUGCCGCUGGAGGAAGGGAGGACAGUGAUUGGCUCUGCAGCCAAGGACAUCUCCUUGCAGGGUCCAGGCCUGGCCCCAGAGCACUGCUACAUCGAGAAUCUGCGGGGUACCCUCACCCUCUACCCUUGUGGCAACGCCUGUACUGUUGAUGGGCUCCUGGUUCAGCAGCCAACCCGGCUCACUCAGGGCUGCAUGUUGUGCCUGGGUCAGUCCACCUUCCUCCGCUUUAACCAUCCUGCUGAAGCCAAGUGGAUGAAAAGCAUGAUUCCAGGGGGUGGUCGGGCCACUGGAUCCCCCUACAGCCCUGGCUCUGCCGAAUCAGAAAGUCUGGUGAAUGGGAACCACGCCCCACAGCCUGCAACCCGGGAACCCUCGGCUUGUGCCAGCCACAGUUCCCUGGUGAGCUCAAUUGAGAAGGACUUGCAAGAAAUCAUGGAUUCACUGGUGCUGGAGGAGCCUGUAGCUGCUGGCAAGAAGCCUGCUGCCACCUCCCCAUUGUCGCCGAUGGCUAAUGGUGGACGAUACCUGCUCUCCCCCCCAACCAGCCCUGGCGCUAUGUCUGUGGGUUCCAGCUAUGAGAACACCUCUCCAGCCUUCUCUCCGCUCUCCUCACCGGCCAGCAGUGGAAGCUGUGCCAGCCACUCACCUAGUGGGCAGGAGCCAGGACCUUCUGUGCCCCCACUUGUGCCUGCUCGUUCCUCCAGCUACCAUCUAGCCCUGCAGCCCCCACAGUCCCGUCUGAGUGGUGUCCGCUCCUCAGACAGCCCCCGGCUGGGUAGGAAAGGGGGUCAUGAGAGGCCUCCCAGCCCUGGUCUCCGGGGUUUGCUGACUGACAGUCCUGCAGCCACCGUCUUGGCGGAGGCCCGUAGGGCCACUGAGAGCCCCCGGCUAGGUGGGCAGCUGCCCGUUGUGGCUAUUAGCCUGAGUGAAUACCCAGCUUCUGGUGCCCGCAGCCAACCUACCAGCAUUCCUGGCAGCCCCAAGUUCCAGCCUCCAGUCCCUGCUCCCCGCAACAAGAUUGGCACACUCCAGGAUCGCCCUCCCAGCCCUUUCUGUGAGCCUCCAGGCCCUGAGAGGGUAUUGACAACCAGCCCCUCACGCCAGCUGGUAGGCCGAACAUUUUCAGAUGGAUCUUCCACCCGAACCCUGCAGCCUCCUGAGAGCCCCCGCAUGGGCCGGCGGGGCCUGGACAGUAUGCGAGAACUCCCUCCCUUGAGUCCAUCUCUGUCCAGACGCACUCUUUCUCCAUUGCCUGCCCGGACCACCCCAGAUCCCAAGCUAACCAGGGAAGUGGCAGAGAGCCCAAGGCCCCGCCGCUGGGCUGCCCAUGGGACUUCACCAGAGGACUUCUCCCUGACACUCGGGGCGCGGGGCCGCAGGACACGGAGUCCCUCACCCACGUUGGGGGAGUCCCUGGCACCCCGCAAGGGUAGCUUUAGUGGUAGGCUGAGCCCAGCAUACAGUCUGGGCUCUCUUACUGGGGCCUCGCCUCGCCAGAGCCCCCGGGCCCAGAGGAAGCUCUCUACUGGGGAUUUGCGGGUUCCUGUCAUGCGGGAUCGGAAAAAUAGCAUCACAGAGAUCAGUGACAAUGAGGAUGACCUCCUGGAGUACCACCGGCGGCAGCGCCAAGAGAGGCUUCGGGAGCAGGAGAUGGAGAGGCUGGAACGCCAGCGCCUGGAGACCAUCCUGAACCUGUGUGCUGAGUAUAGCCGGGCUGAUGGGGGAUCUGAGGCCGGGGAACUGCCCAGUAUCGGGGAGGCCACUGCUGCAUUGGCACUGGCAGUCAGGAGGCCCUCACGAGGCCUUGCAGGGGCCAUUGUAUCCUCCGGGCGGGGCAGCGAGGAGCCUGGAGGUGCCACCCAACGCCUGUGGGAGAGUGUGGAGCGCUCAGAUGAGGAAAAUCUGAAGGAGGAGUGCAGUAGUACAGAGAGCACCCAGCAGGAGCAUGAAGAUGUACCCAGCACCAAGCUCCAGGGAGAGAUCCUGUCCCUGGAAGAGGAGCGGGCUCAGGUGCUGGGCCGUGUGGAGCAGCUCAAGGUCCGAGUGAAGGAGCUGGAGCAGCAGCUGCAGGAGGCGGCCAGAGAGGCUGAAAUGGAGCGGGCGCUGCUGCAGGGGGAGAGGGAAGCCGAGCGGGCGCUGCUGCAGAAGGAGCAGAAGGCAGUGGACCAGAUGCAGGAGAAGCUGGUGGCCUUGGAAACAGGCAUCCAGAAGGAGAGAGACAAGGAGAGGGCGGAGCUGGCCGCGGGACGGAGGCACCUGGAGGCCCGCCAGGCGCUCUACGCCGAGCUCCAGACGCAGCUCGAUAACUGCCCCGAGUCAGUGCGGGAACAGUUACAGGAGCAGCUGAGAAGGGAGGCAGAAGCCCUAGAGACUGAGACAAAGCUCUUCGAGGACUUGGAGUUUCAGCAGCUCGAGCAGGAGAGCCGUGCAGAGGAGGAGCGAGAGCUGGCCGGCCAGGGGCUGCUGCGGAGCAAGGCGGAACUGCUGCGCAGCAUCGCCACGAGGAAGGAGCGCCUGGCCAUCCUGGACAGUCAGGCUGGGCAGAUCCGGGCCCAGGCCGUUCAGGAGUCGGAGCACCUGGCCAGGGACAAGAAUGCCUCCCUGCAGCUACUGCAGAAGGAGAAGGAGAAGCUGACUGUGCUGGAAAGGAGAUACCACACACUCACAGGAGGCAGGCCUUUCCCAAAGACCACCGUGACCCUCAAAGAGGCCCAGCUGCUCACCUCCAAGUCCUCAGAAAUGGGGUUGGGGACCAAGGCUCUGGGUCCAUUCUCAGGGUCUUCUCAGGCUGGGGGCUCCUCUGUCUCCUUAACCCCACCUGCUUCCACUCCGCUCUGCCCCAAAGCACAAGAGGAAUAUGUGAGCCUGGCAGAGGUUCUCCAGCUGUGCUCUCGCUUGGACCCCUAUGCUUCUGCCACCUCCCCCAGCGUGCUCACCCAGCCCCUGCCUGACAGUGAGUACGUGACGCUUGAGCAGCUAAAGGUGAUGUGGGGCACCUCACCCAUGCCCCCCGCCCCCACGCCAGGCUGGCCUCCCUGGGCCUCUGCCUCCCGGGACCUGGUUCCCACCACCUGCCUUCCUCCUGUGCCGCCCUCCUCCUCCUUCGCUUCCAUCACGCCUUCGCCCAAGCCCCUGCAGAUGGAGAAGCUGCUGCCCCCUGCUGUAGAUUUAGAGCAGUGGUACCAGGAGCUGAUGGCCGGGCUGGGGACGAGCCCUGCUGCAGCCUCCCCUCGCUCUUCCCCUCCACCUCUGCCUGCCAAAGCUUCCCGUCAGCUGCAGGUUUACCACCCCAAGAUGGAUGGUGAAGCCACAAGCCCACUGCCCCGGACCCGCAGCGGCCCACUCCCCUCCUCAUCUGGCUCCUCUUCCUCCUCCUCCCAGCUCAGCGUGGCUACCCUGGGUCGAAGCCCGUCCCCAAAGAGUGCCCUGCUCGCCCAGAAUAGCACGGGCAGCCUUCCUCGCAACCUGGCAGCCACACUACAGGACAUUGAGACCAAGCGCCAGUUGGCCCUGCAGCAGAAGGUCGAGUUGCUUCCUGCCGAGCCCCUCUCAACCGACGACCCAGCAGGGCAGCAGGUCAUUGAGGAGCAGCGGCGGCGGCUGGCUGAGCUGAAGCAGAAGGCGGCGGCCGAGGCACAGUGCCAGUGGGAUGCGCUGCACGGGGCGGCCCCCUUCCCCGCCCUUAUGCACCACUCCAUCCUGCACCACCUGCCGGCUGGGCGAGAGCGAGGGGAGGAGGGCGAGCACGCCUACGACACGCUGAGCCUGGAGAGCUCAGACAGCAUGGAGACCAGCAUCUCCACCGGGGGCAACUCGGCCUGCUCCCCCGACAACAUGUCCAGUGCCAGUGGUCUGGACAUGGGCAAGAUCGAGGAGAUGGAGAAGAUGCUGAGGGAAGCUCACGCAGAGAAGAGCCGGCUCAUGGAAUCCAGGGAGCGUGAGAUGGAGCUGCGGCGGCAGGCCCUGGAGGAGGAGCGGCGGAGGCGGGAGCAGGUAGAAAGGAGGCUGCAGAGUGAGAGUGCCCGAAGGCAGCAGCUGGUGGAGAAGGAGGUCAAGAUGCGAGAGAAACAAUUUUCCCAGGCACGACCCCUGACCCGCUACCUACCGAUCCGGAAGGAGGACUUUGACUUGAAGACUCACAUCGAGUCGUCAGGCCAUGGCGUAGACACCUGCCUGCAUGUGGUGCUCAGCAGCAAGGUCUGCCGUGGCUACUUGGUCAAGAUGGGUGGCAAGAUCAAGUCAUGGAAGAAGCGCUGGUUUGUCUUUGACCGGCUCAAGCGCACGCUUUCCUAUUACGUGGAUAAGCACGAGACGAAGCUGAAGGGGGUCAUCUACUUCCAGGCCAUUGAGGAAGUGUACUAUGACCACCUGCGCAGUGCUGCCAAGCAGAGCCCGAACCCAGCUCUCACCUUCUGCGUGAAGACCCACGACCGGCUAUACUACAUGGUGGCCCCCUCUGCAGAGGCCAUGCGCAUCUGGAUGGAUGUCAUCGUCACAGGGGCCGAGGGUUACACUCAGUUCAUGAACUGACUGCUGUCAGCCUCCUGGACCCCUGCCCAGCACCUGUUACUGUGCUCACCCCUGGAGAUGAAUAACCCAGUGGGCAGCAGCCUCACAGAGGCCGGGCGUACUUGUGCAAGAAGACUUUGUAAUAUUCUGUAAGGAGCUCAGUUCUGUGAGGCUCUGGGCUCAGAACAGGAAAGCUGGGGAGGGCAUGUGCUGGCUCCUGGGAGACCAGGACUUGGACUUGCAAGAUCUGUUCAGGGUUGUGCCUGGGCCUGCAGCGCUGAAGAGCUGCCAGAGAGGGCCUCUCAGCUCUAAACUGGUGCCUGCUCUCCCUGGCCUGUUUUAUCUUUGUAAAGGACAAAUUAUGGUACCAGAAUCUGCCAAAGAUCCCCUCUUGCCUCACCCCCUCUGAGGGGCCUUGGGGUCUGAGCAGAGCUACAUCUGGAGUCGGGCAGCAGCUCAGGCAGUGUGCUCUGCCUUGCCCUUCUGCCUCAUUUAUACUUUUUAUUAGUUGGCUCAAAGGCCAGAGACCACAAGCGUCAGCCUUGAGGCCCCAGCCCCAUCCCCUUGUUGGAGACCCAUCACCGUGGUUUCCAUGGUGACUGCUCCAUCGCCAUGAUAACACAACACUAACUGCCACAGCUCCAUGGCUCAGCCCACCGUGGGCCGUCUGAGGGUACGCGCCAUCAUCUCUCCAGCCCAGCCCCGUGGGCACCUCAUGUUUCGGGGGAGGGACAAACACCUGCUCUCUGCCUGUGUCUUCAGCCUUGAUGCACAGCCUGCUGCCCUAGUCUCACCUCUCCCUUCCACCGUGCCUUGCUUAGAGCCAGAAGGGAUGAUGCCGGGGAUCCAUGGCCAGAGGAGCAGUGCUGUGCAUAGGAGAGGAAGCUAAAAGGGCCGUCCUCUGGGUGCUGACAGAAUGGGAGGGUUGCUCAGCACUCAGUGAAAGCCUGAGCAGGAGGGAGAUGUAGACGGGGAGGGCUCUGAGCUCUGGCUGUCUCCUCCUUUCUGCCUCCGAAGGAUGAUGGAGAAGGAGAGUGGAGGACCAGGCCUCAGCUGUCUGGCCUCAGCCUUUCGCGCCUUAACACUAAGCCCACCUCCCCUGCCCUUGUCCCGAGCUUUGGGUCCUUGUUUGCCUGGACCUGGGCUGGGUGUUUUUCAGUAUUUGUAAGCAUUUCAGCAGAACAAUAAAGCAU